UAGUUGCUUCCAAGAUCCGGUACUUACAGGAAUAUCAUAACCGGGUUCUCCACAACAUUUACCCUGUACCUUCAGGAACAGAUAUUGCAAACACCCUGAAAUACUUUUCUCAGACCUUGUUAAGCGUCCUGCGAGAUGCUCCCUCUGAACGUGGCCUGCAAAGUCGUGAUGCUCACUUGUCAGACUACCCUUCUUUGGACUAUCAAGGCCUCUACGUGACUUUGGUGACUCUCCUGGAUCUAGUUCCUUUACUACAGCAUGGCCAACACGAUCUUGGACAGUCGAUAUUUUAUACAACCACAUGUUUGCUACCCUUUCUCAAUGAUGAUAUUCUGAGUACUUUGCCCUACACGAUGAUAUCAACGUUAGCUACCUUCCCUCCAUUUCUGCACAAGGAUAUUAUUGAAUAUCUUAGCACAUCUUUUCUACCAAUGGCUAUAUUGGGUUCCUCAAGGAGAGAAGGAGUUCCUGCCCAUGUUAAUCUCUCUGCAUCAUCCAUGCUCAUGAUUGCAAUGCAGUACACGUCCAACCCAGUGUAUCAUUGUCAAUUACUGGAAUGCCUCAUGAAAUAUAAACAAGAAGUCUGGAAAGAUCUUUUGUAUGUGAUUGCCUAUGGGCCUUCACAAGUAAAACCACCAGCUGUGCAAAUGCUGUUCCAUUACUGGCCCAAUUUAAAACCUCCUGGGGCAAUAAGUGAAUACAGGGGCUUGCAGUACACAGCUUGGAAUCCUAUCCACUGCCAGCACAUCGAAUGCCACAACGCAAUUAACAAACCAGCAGUGAAGAUGUGCAUAGACCCUUCCCUGUCAGUAGCGUUGGGUGAUAAGCCGCCCCCAUUGUAUCUGUGUGAAGAAUGCAGCCAGAGGAUCGCAGGGGACCACAGCGAGUGGCUGAUCGAUGUUCUUCUGCCACAAGCUGAAAUAUCUGCUAUAUGUCAGAAGAAGAACUGCAGUUCCCAUGUUAGAAGAGCAGUUGUCACCUGCUUUUCAGCAGGGUGCUGUGAUCCUCACGGAAAUAGGCCUGUUCGGUACUGCAAAAGGUGCCACUCGAAUCAUCACAGUAACGAAGUGGGGGCUGCCUCGGAGACCCACCUCUAUCAGACCUCCCCUCCGCCCAUCAACACUCGAGAGUGCGGCGCCGAGGAGCUUGUCUGCGCCGUGGAGGCCGUGAUUAGCUUGUUGAAAGAAGCCGAGUUCCACGCGGAGCAGCGGGAGCAUGAGCUGAGCCGCAGGCGGCAGCUGGGCCUGUCUUCUUCCCACCACUCCCUGGAGAACGCCGACUUCGAUAACCAGGACGACGACAAGCACGACCAGCGGCUGCUCAGCCAGUUUGGAAUAUGGUUCUUAGUGAGCCUCUGCACACCCAGCGAGAACACACCUACGGAAAGCUUGGCCAGGCUGGUGGCCAUGGUGUUCCAGUGGUUUCACUCCACAGCAUAUAUGAUGGAUGAUGAAGUUGGAAGUUUGGUAGAAAAACUGAAGCCUCAGUUUGUUACCAAGUGGUUGAAGACAGUAUGCGAUGUUCGCUUUGAUGUCAUGGUCAUGUGCCUUCUUCCCAAACCAAUGGAAUUUGCCAGGGUCGGUGGAUACUGGGAUAAGUCUUGCAGCACAGUGACUCAGUUGAAGGAAGGCCUCAACCGAAUCCUCUGCCUGAUCCCCUACAAUGUGAUCAACCAGUCUGUGUGGGAGUGUAUUAUGCCAGAAUGGCUGGAAGCCAUCAGAACGGAAGUCCCAGAUAACCAGUUAAAAGAAUUCAGGGAAGUAUUAAGCAAAAUGUUUGACAUUGAGCUCUGUCCUCUACCUUUUUCAAUGGAAGAGAUGUUUGGCUUUAUCAGCUGUCGGUUCACAGGAUACCCUUCUUCUGUGCAGGAACAAGCUCUUCUGUGGCUUCAUGUAUUAUCGGAGUUAGACAUCAUGGUUCCACUUCAGCUAUUAAUAAGUAUGUUUUCUGAUGGAGUUAAUUCUGUCAAAGAACUGGCAAAUCAAAGAAAAUCAAGAGUCAGUGAAUUGACAGGGAACCUUGCAGCUCGAAGGGUGAGUGUCGCCUCUGAUCCUGGUCGACGAGUUCAGCACAAUAUGCUGAGUCCAUUUCAUAGUCCUUUUCAGAGUCCAUUUCGGAGUCCUAUGCGUAGCCCUUUUCGUAGCCCUUUCAAGAAUUUUGGACACCCAGGAGGAAGGACUAUUGACUUUGAUUGUGAAGAUGAUGAAAUGAAUCUAAAUUGUUUCAUCCUCAUGUUUGAUCUUCUCCUGAAGCAGAUGGAGUUACAAGAUGAUGGGAUCACGAUGGGUUUAGAGCACAGCAUAUCGAAGGACAUUAUUUCCAUUAUAAACAAUGUCUUCCAAGCCCCCUGGGGGGGCUCCCACUCCUGCCAGAAGGACGAAAAAGCAAUUGAGUGUAAUUUAUGCCAGUCCAGUAUUCUGUGCUAUCAGCUCGCUUGUGAACUCCUGGAGAGACUGGCUCCUAAGGAAGAAAGCCGGCUGGUGGAGCCCACAGACAGCCUUGAGGAUAGCCUCCUUUCUUCCAGACCAGAGUUUAUUAUAGGCCCUGAAGGUGAAGAGGAGGAGAAUCCGGCCUCUAAGCAUGGGGAGAACCCCGGCAAUCACACCGAGCCCAUGGAACAUGCUGCAGUAAAGAAUGAUACUGAAAGAAAGUUUUGCUACCAACAGCUUCCAGUAACUUUGAGACUAAUAUACACCAUUUUCCAGGAAAUGGCUAAGUUUGAAGAGCCAGACAUUCUUUUUAAUAUGCUCAAUUGCUUGAAGAUUCUCUGUCUACAUGGAGAGUGUUUAUACAUUGCUAGAAAAGAUCACCCUCAAUUUUUAGCCUACAUUCAGGAUCAUAUGUUGAUUGCAAGCCUGUGGAGAGUUGUCAAGUCUGAGUUCUCCCAGUUAUCUUCAUUGGCAGUUCCUCUCCUUCUCCACGCUUUGUCACUUCCUCAUGGUGCUGACAUCUUCUGGACAAUCAUAAAUGGCAAUUUUAACAGCAAAGACUGGAAGAUGAGGUUUGAAGCAGUGGAAAAAGUGGCUGUAAUUUGUAGAUUUCUGGAUAUUCACUCAGUGACCAAAAACCACCUGCUAAAGUACUCGCUUGCACAUGCCUUCUGCUGCUUUCUGACGGCUGUGGAGGACGUCAACCCCGCAGUGGCCACCAGGGCUGGCCUCCUGCUUGACACCAUAAAGAGGCCGGCGCUGCAGGGUCUGUGUCUUUGUCUUGACUUCCAGUUUGAUACUGUGGUUAAAGAUCGGCCCACAAUAUUGAGCAAGCUUUUACUUUUGCAUUUUCUUAAGCAAGAUAUUCCUGCUUUGAGCUGGGAGUUCUUCGUCAACAGAUUCGAGACACUUUCUUUGGAAGCUCAGCUGCAUUUGGAUUGUAACAAAGAAUUUCCCUUUCCUACAACUAUCACCGCUGUAAGGACCAAUGUCGCCAACCUCAGUGAUGCCGCACUGUGGAAGAUCAAGAGGGCUCGCUUUGCGAGGAACCGCCAGAAGAGCGUGCGGUCCCUGAGGGACAGCGUGAAGGGGCCCUCGGAGUCCAAGAGGGCGCUCUCCCUCCCUGAGACCCUAACCUCCAAAAUUCGACAACAAUCCCCUGAGAAUGACAACACCAUCAAGGACCUGCUCCCAGAAGAUGCUGGGAUCGAUCACCAGACAGUUCACCAGCUGAUCACAGUGCUCAUGAAGUUCAUGGCCAAGGACGAGAGCAGCGCCGAGUCGGACAUCAGCAGCGCGAAGGCCUUCAACACAGUCAAGCGGCACCUGUAUGUCUUACUCGGCUAUGACCAACAGGAAGGUUGCUUCAUGAUUGCGCCUCAAAAAAUGCGCCUGUCAACUUGCUUUAAUGCGUUUAUUGCAGGAAUUGCCCAAGUUAUGGACUAUAACAUUAACCUGGGAAAACACCUUCUCCCCCUGGUGGUUCAGGUGCUCAAAUACUGCUCUUGCCCUCAGCUUCGGCACUAUUUCCAGCAGCCGCCCCGCUGCUCCCUGUGGUCCCUCAAGCCGCACAUCCGGCAGAUGUGGCUGAAGGCCUUGCUUGUCAUUCUUUACAAGUAUCCAUAUCGAGACUGUGACAUCAGCAAGGUCCUGCUGCAUCUGAUUCACAUAACAGUCAAUACACUCAAUGCACAGUAUCAUAGCUGCAAGCCCCAUGCCACGGCAGGACCUUUGUACAGUGACAACAGUAACAUAAGCAGAUACAGCGAGAAGGAAAAAGGUGAAAUAGAGCUGGCUGAAUAUAGAGAAACGGGCGCGUUACAAGACAGCAUUCUCCACUGUGUGAGAGAAGAGAGCAUUCAGAAAAAAAAGCUGCGCUCUUUAAAACAAAAAUCUCUUGAUAUAGGGAACGCAGACUCCCUGUUGUUUACAUUAGACGAGCACCGCAGGAAGUCCUGCAUAGACCGCUGUGACCUAGAAAAGCCUCCCGCGCAGAGACUGCAGGACCACGGACGUCCCAGACAGAACUCUGGCGCCCGGGCUCCCGGGAACCCCGACGGCCCGCAGGAGGCGCGGCGGCCCGUCAUUCCCGAGGUGCGGCUGAACUGCAUGGAGACGCUGGAGGUCAAGGCCGCGUCCCCCACGCAGCCUGCCCCUAGAGAGGACUUAGAUCUGAUCGAUUUGUCCUCAGACUCGGCAUCCGGGCCCGAGAAACAGUCCAUGCUCUCAACAUCUGACAGCGACUCCCUGGUCUUCGAGCCUCUCCCCCCUCUCCGGAUAGUGGAGAGUGACGAAGAGGACACCAUGGACCAGGGAAGUGAUGGUGCCCCCGGGAAACACGCGGCCUCCUCAACCUCCCUCCCCAGCCGCCCCUCCGCCCUCAGCCUGAGCACAACUCCCCUCGUGCAAGUAAGCGUGGAGGACUGUUCCAAAGACCCUUCUUCCAAGGACUCAGGAAAUCAUCGGUCAGCAGGUGACAAGGACUCCAGCCUCAUAGCCCUGGACGACCCCACGGACUCUGAGGAACUGUCAAAGCCCGGGGAGCUGCUCGAGUUCUCCAGCGGCAGCCCGCUCACGCUUAAGCAAAAACGAGACCUCCUUCAGAAGUCCUUUGCUCUCCCCGAGAUGUCACUGGACGAUAACCUCGAGCCCGGCGUCGACGAAGAGACGCCAGGUGGGCUGAUGCCAGCUUCAGGGGUCAAAACUGUCCUCCUCAAAGUCCCUGAAGAUGGGGAGAGUCCUAUGGAAAGCGAGAAGCCCGACACCAGUGCUGACUCGGAUACAGAACAGAAUCCCGAGAGGAAGGUCGAAGAGGAGGGAGCCGAGGAAUCUGAAUUUAAGAUCCAGAUUGUGCCCAGGCAGAGGAAGCAGAGGAAGAUCGCCGUCAGUGCCAUCCAGAGGGAGUACCUCGACAUCUCCUUCAACGUGCUUGACAAACUGGGAGAGCAGAAAGAUCCAGAUCCCUCUACUAAAGGACUUUCUACUUUGGAAAUGCCACGAGAAUCCUCGUCUGCCCCUACGUUAGAAGCAGGUGUGCCAGAAACAAGCAGCCAUUCCUCGAUAUCAACUCAGUAUAGGCAGAUGAAAAGGGGAUCCCUGGGAGCUCUGACAGUGAGCCAGUUAAUGAAGCAACAGCUGGAACAUCAGUCUAGCGCCCCCCAUAACAUCAGCAACUGGGACACUGAACAGAUACAGCCCGGGAAACGCCAGUGUAAUGUGCCAAUGUGCCUAAACCCUGAGCUGGAGGGACAGCCAUUGAGAAUGAGAGGGGCCACUAAAUCCAGCCUGCUGUCAGCACCCAGUAUUGUCAGUAUGUUUGUGCCAGCACCCGAGGAAUUCACAGAUGAGCAGCCCACGGUGAUGACUGACAAAUGCCACGACUGCGGGGCCAUCCUGGAGGAAUACGACGAGGAAACGCUGGGGCUGGCCAUCGUGGUCCUCUCCACGUUCAUUCACUUGAGCCCGGACCUGGCGGCCCCGCUGCUGCUGGACAUCAUGCAGUCUGUGGGAAGAUUGGCGUCCAGCACCACUUUUUCUAAUCAAGCAGAAAGCAUGAUGGUUCCUGGCAACGCAGCAGGGGUGGCCAAGCAGUUUCUGCGCUGCAUCUUCCACCAGCUGGCCCCCAACGGCAUCUUCCCGCAGCUGUUCCAGAGCACCAUCAAAGAUGGGACUUUUUUACGGACCUUAGCCACAUCUCUGAUGGACUUCAAUGAGCUGAGCUCUAUUGCUGCUCUCAGUCAGCUCUUGGAGGGUCUAAAUAACAAAAAGAAUUUACCAGCAGGGGGUGCUAUGAUACACUGUUUGGAAAACAUUGCUACCUUCAUGGAAGCUUUGCCCAUGGAUUCUCCUAGUAGCCUCUGGACCACAAUCAGUAAUCAGUUUCAGACAUUUUUUGCCAAGCUGCCUUGUGUUUUGCCUCUGAAGUGUUCUUUAGAUUCCAGUUUGAGAAUUAUGAUUUGCCUCUUGAAGAUACCCUCUACCAAUGCCACAAGGAGUUUGUUGGAACCAUUUUCGAAAUUGCUCAGCUUUGUAAUUCAGAAUGCUGUCUUCACUCUGGCCUACCUGGUGGAGGUGUGUGGCUUAUGUUACCGAGCUUUCACUAAGGAGCGGGAUAAAUUGUACUUGUCUCGCAGUGUUGUCCUAGAACUCCUGCAGGCCCUGAAGCUGAAAUCUCCUUUACCAGAUACAAACCUGCUCCUGCUUGUCCAGUUUAUUUGUGCAGAUGCUGGAACCAAACUAGCUGAGUCGACAAUCCUGAGCAAGCAGAUGAUCGCCUCUGUACCUGGAUGCGGGACCGCGGCCAUGGAGUGCGUGCGGCAGUCCAUCAGCGAGGUGCUGGAUUUCAUGGCAGACAUGCACACGCUAACCAAGCUCAAGAACCACAUGAAGACAUGUUCCCAGCCUCUGCAUGAAGAUACCUUUGGUGGACAUCUCAAAGUCGGGCUGGCUCAGAUCGCAGCCAUGGAAAUCUCCCGGGGCAACCACAGAGAUAACAAAGCUGUGAUUCGCUACCUGCCUUGGCUCUAUCACCCCCCUUCUGCGAUGCAACAGGGACCUAAAGAAUUCAUCGAGUGUGUCUCCCACAUCCGUCUGUUGUCCUGGCUCCUCCUGGGGUCCCUCACUCACAACGCAGUGUGUCCAAAUGCCCCCUCCCCCUGCCUGCCCAUACCGCUGGAUGCGGGGUCUCAUAUUGCAGACCAUCUUAUUGUUAUUCUCAUUGGAUUUCCAGAGCAAUCAAAGACCUCCGUGCUGCACAUGUGUUCCCUCUUCCACGCGUUUAUCUUUGCUCAGCUCUGGACCGUAUAUUGUGAACAAAGUGCCGUAGCUACAAAUGUCCAAAAUCAGAAUGAAUUCAGCUUCACAGCCAUCCUGACAGCACUAGAGUUUUGGAGUAGGGUGACACCCAGCAUCCUUCAGCUGAUGGCUCACAACAAAGUGAUGGUAGAAAUGGUGUGUCUCCAUGUGAUUAGUUUAAUGGAGGCAUUGCAAGAAUGCAAUUCAACAAUUUUUGUCAAGCUGAUACCUAUGUGGUUGCCAAUGAUUCAGUCAAAUAUCAAGCACUUAUCCGGGGGCCUCCAGCUUCGCCUCCAGGCCAUUCAGAACAACGUCAACCACCACAGCCUGCGCACGCUGCCCGGCUCCGGCUCGGCGCAGAGCAGCGGCCUGGCGGCCCUCCGCAAGUGGCUGCAGUGCACCCGCUUCAAAAUGGCCCAGGUGGAGAUCCAGUCCUCAGAAGCAGCCUCUCAGUUCUACCCUCUCUGAGCGGACUCCUCGGCUCUCAGCGUCAACAUUCUGGUUUAGCAAUAAUGGGUUUCAAAACAAAGCAAUUUGAUCCAAGCAGGUUGGGGAACAUACUGGUACUGUACAUUCUAGUUUAGUAAAAGACGUGCGAAGGCCGGCGAGGGCCAACAACGCAGCUUUCUUGCUACACAUAUUUCUGAUGACUCCUUGGGCUAUCUGAUUAAGUGUUUCCUUACAUUAUUUUUUAAAAACCAAAUCAUUUUUCUUUAACUAACUUCUAUUUUUUUUAAGAAAAAAAAAAAAAUAGACUGGUGGGUACUCACAGAAAAGUUGUAUAAGUCCCCCUGUUGCUAUUUUUGAUGAUAGAGAAUAAAUAGGGUUUUUGAAACCUUUGUAGUGUUUUUUCUUAAAAUUCACUCUUGGCAAUGCAAUAAAAAACAAAACAAAAACGUCACCAUAAGCCAGUGACACUCCACCGAAGCUUUUUGUCAUUAUCCUGGGAAAAGUGGCAGCUCGCAAGGACCAUUACAAAGUGCACUUAGAAAUUAGGUGGUUAAACUGUACCAAUCGUUUCCUUUGUUUUAUAAUGUCAUUUUCCAAAACUGUCCAGUCAGUCUUAUUAUUUUUAAAACUAGUUUUUCAACUCAUUAGUUCUAGGCUGUACUUUCUUGUACGCUUUAUGAUGACCACUUUAGU